CAGCUCCCCGCCGAGGCUCGUCCGAGAAGAUGAGACGCUCCUCCUCCUCGCUCCUCUCAUCGACCCGCACCAGCAUGCUGCCGCCGCUGCCCAACCCGUACGCCACGCCAGUCGACUAUGCCGACCUCGCGCAAGUGGUCCCGGCCCUCGCCCCAUUCUUGCGUCCUGCUCGCGACGGCCGACAGACGAUCGACUUUCGCGACGACGCUGCUGUGAGAGCCCUCAACGCCGCGCUCCUCAAGCGGGACUUUGAUCUUGCGCUCGACCUCCCCGAGGAUCGUCUAUGUCCUGCGGUCCCUCGCAGGCUCGAAUACGUGCUCUUCGUCCUCCAUCUCGCCCUCGCCACGCUCAACGACAUGAAGCCGUCGUCGAGCGCUCGUGCCCUUGUCGGCCUCGACGUCGGCACCGGCGCCUCGGCCAUCUAUCCCCUGCUCGCGAUGCGCACCAUCGAGCCAGCCGCUGCACCUCGUUCGCCCGACACCCUCGGCCCUGCCACCUCGCUCAGCAUGCACGCCACCGACAUCGACUCGCACUCGCUCGACUCUGCGAGGAACAACAUCCGAGCGAACGACAUGCUCGACGGCGUCUCGCUGUACCAGGUGGAGCCCGAUGGCCCGCUUUUUCCGCCCAGCGUGGUCGACUCGGCCGGCGUUAUCGACUUUACGAUGUGCAACCCGCCGUUCUACUCGUCGCAGAGCGAGAUCGACUCGUCGCUCGCGGCAAAGGAGAUCGAGCCGUUCGCUAAAUGUACAGGCGCCGAGAACGAGAUGAUCACGCCCGGCGGCGAGGUCGCGUUCGUCUCGAGGAUGGUCGAGGAGAGCCUCACGCUCGGCCGGAGCAAGAUUCGGUGGUUCACGUCGCUCCUCGGCAAGCACUCGAGCCUCUCGCCGCUUGUCGACCUGCUCAAGGCGAAACAGAUCUUCAACUACCACGUCCACGCUCUGCCGCCGCACGGGCACACCGUGCGGUGGGUCCUCGCCUGGUCCUUACGAGACCGCCGCUUUCCCUUCGAGCUCCUCUCGCAAACCGCAGCCUCGACCGCCCCUCCUUCCUCGCCGCCCUCGUCUUCCUCCUCGACGCCGCGCUUCGUCAUCGCCCGCCUCGCCUCGCCCGCCAUCUCCUCGAUCACCUACUUCACGCCCGGCCUCGGACCCGACCCAGCCGAGCGCCUGCAACGAGUCGGCGAUGCGCUCGAGGGCGUCCUGCGCGAGCUCGACGGCGGCGCGGUCGUGGCGCCGGCGGGCGAGGCGGUGGACGGGCGGGACGGAGGGCGCGCGCCGAAGCGCAGGCGCAUCGAGGGGCGCGAGGAGGAGCGCUCGAGGGGGAAUGGCGAGGCGGCGGCGGCGAGCGCGCUCGAGUGGAGGUGGGAGCCGCCGGCGAGUGCGCCGAGCUCGCCUCGAGUCGGCGACGGCGAGGAAGGCCGAUCCGGGCACGCCGAGCUCGUCGUGCGGGCCUGGCGCAACGUGUGGUCGCGCAAAGCCCGACGCGCCGCCGCCACCGCCGCCGCCGUCGCCGCAGCGCCGAGCUCGCCGCAGCGCCCGCUCCUCGAGCUGCGCCUCCUCGUCGACCUCGAGCCGGCGCCCUCGGCCCAGGUCAGGCUCACGGCGCACUGGGUGCGCGGGCUCGAUGUCGACCGGGCGGCGUUCACGGGCUUGGUCGGGUUCGUGACGCGCAAAGUCGGCGAGAGGUUGAAGGGCGAGGAGGAGGCGGAUGGCGGGACGGGGCAGGGUGGAGAGGUUGGUCGGACCGAUGAGGAGGGCGUGCGAUAG